CCCCUCACGCCACAAGUCGCUUUCUCAGCUGCUUCAUCUUGGCAUCGACUUCCUCCACCCGGGCCACCUUCUGUGUCAUUGUCGUGUUGCUAUUGCCGAGGAUGGCCUCCCUCGUGUGCUGCCAGGCACUCUUGUCCAGCUCGGCUAUCAGCCGCACCGCAUCACUCAGCCGAUCCAGCUCAGCCUUGUCCGUCACAUCAUGGGCUUUGAUGGCGUCAAGGUCCUUCUGCAGGGCGGUGAUACCCGGCAAGAUGAGGAAGACAAUGAAGGACAAGACGAGGAUUAGUGUCGCGAAGGAGCCAAAGCAGAUGUCCCCGAUGACAUGCCAGCGGAUAUCGUUGACGCGCUUCUCCAGCGCUUUCAGCUGCUCGCCGGCAUCGGCGGCAUCAGCAGACGGCGCAGGCACAUAGGGCACAGGUGUUUCCUCCGUUGCGGGAGGGGCACUGGCCUCGACGUCGGGAUACGCCACCAUUACAGGACACACAGAGCCUGACGAACACACCCACAUCCACAAGGCAUGAGGCAAGCAUGACAGACAGAAUGGAUGCGUGCGGAGAUUUCUGCCCUCACGUACCUCUUUGUCGACACCGAAUACAACCCAACCUGCGAUAAAACGGGCGAUGGUGCUGCUCUUGCUCGUACCUCUGCAGCGAACAGCGGACAGGAGGCGCAGGGAAACAGGCGGUGGUGUCGGUGUUCCUACUCUUUGCUAUUGAACAAUUCAUCGACUUGCCUGUCUGUUUGGCUCUCUGUAUCCUCUCCUCAACCUCGUCAGGCCUCACAGGCAGAUCUAUCUUUAAGGGAGAGGCUGCCCUGGGGGGAGCAGGGUAAGCUCGCAGAUGUUGCUGAGCUUGCAGUGAAAACCGCUGAAAAUAUCUCUUCCCUCCGAGAAGGAAGGUGAGAAGGACCUCAGAGUGACAGCCCAU